GGGAGAGAGAAAGCUGCGUGGAGAGAAGACGCUCUCAGAUCAGUCAGUGGCUUCAUGGAGUUAUGUACCUCUGAUCCGCCGCCAUGGAUUGCACUUCGCGAUCACUCCUUUUCUUUUUAUCUCUUUUGUUGUCCUGCGUUAUCCCCGCGUUUCCCGUCAUCUACCCCCCGAACGAAGUUAACCUGUUAGAUUCCAAAGCAAGCCAGGGGGAGUUAAGAUGGAUUUCCUACCCAUCGCAUGGGUGGAGGGAAAAUUGGGAAGAGAUCAGUGGGGUGGAUGAGCACUACACUCCGAUCAGGACCUUCCAGGUGUGCAACGUGAUGGAGUACAGCCAGAACAACUGGCUUCGCACCAACUGGAUCCCUCGCCUGUCAGCCCAGAAGAUCUAUGUGGAGCUGAAGUUCACCCUGAGGGACUGCAACUCCAUCCCACUGGUCCUGGGCACCUGCAAGGAGACCUUCAACCUCCUCUACCUGGAGACGGAUGACGACCAGGGCACCCACUUCCGAGAGCACCAGUUCUCUAAGAUUGACACUAUAGCUGCUGAUGAGAGCUUCACCCAAAUGGACCUGGGCGAUCGCAUCCUCAAGCUCAACACUGAGGUGCGUGAAGUGGGUCCUAUGACCAAGAAGGGCUUCUACCUGGCGUUCCAGGAUGUGGGCGCCUGUGUAGCAUUAGUUUCCGUGAGGGUUUACUUUAAGAAGUGCCCGCACACUGUGAAAAACUUGGCCGUCUUCCCCGAUACGGUGCCCAUGGACUCGCAGUCGUUGGUUGAAGUCAAAGGCUUGUGUGUCAAUCACUCCAAAGAGGAGGAGCCGCCGCGAAUGUACUGCAGCACAGAGGGGGAGUGGCUCGUACCUAUUGGGAAGUGUCUGUGUAACCCGGGUUACGAGGAGCGAAGCAGCGCCUGCCAAAUGUGCAGGCCAGGCUUUUACAAAUCGGCACUCGGGAACACGGAGUGCGCAAAGUGUCCGCCUCAUAGUUUCUCCCACCAUGAAGGCUCGCUGUUCUGCGGCUGCGAGAAAAACUACUUCCGCGCUGAGGGAGACCCCGCCUCCAUGGCCUGUACCCGUCCUCCCUCAACUCCUCGAAAUGUGAUCUCCUCCAUCAAUGAGACUUCAGUCAUCCUGGACUGGAGCUGGCCAGAGGACACUGGGGGGCGCAGGGACGUCACCUUUACCGUUCUCUGCAAGCGCUGCCGCGCGGUCGCCGGUGGCGGCGGCGGCGGCAGCGGCGGCAACGGCGCAGCCCAGCGCUGUGAACCGUGUCGCAGCAAUGUCCGCUUUCUGCCGCGAGCCGCUGGCCUCCACAACACCACAGUGACCGUGGGCGACCUGCUGGCUCACACAAACUACACGUUUGAGAUCGAAGCGCAGAACGGCGUGUCAUCGCUGGCACCCAAAAUGAGGCAGUACGCCGCCGUCACCAUCACCACCAACCAAGCAGCUCCUUCUCCGGUAACAGUGAUCAAAAAGGAGAAGACUUCUCGAAACAGCGUCUCGCUGUCCUGGCAGGAACCAGAAAGACCCAACGGCAUUAUCCUGGACUACGAGAUCAAAUACUACGAAAAGGACGAGCAGGAGACCAGCUACACCAUCCUGCGUGCGCGCGGCUGCAACGUGACCCUGAGCGGCCUGAAGCCGAACACCGCUUACCUGCUGCAGAUCCGAGCGCGCACGGCUGCCGGAUAUGGAGCCAGCAGCCCCAGCUUCCAGUUCGAGACCAGCCCUGACUCCGCCUUUUCGAUCUCCAGCGAGAACAGCCAGGUGGUUCUGAUUGCCAUUUCCUCCGCCGUGGCCAUCAUCCUGCUCACUGUGCUGCUCUACGUCCUGGUCGGCAGGUUUUGUUGCCGCAGCAAAUCCAAACAUCCCGAUGAGAAAAGACUGCACUUUGGCAACGGCCACUUGAGUCUGCCGGGCAUCAGGACCUACGUGGACCCUCACACGUACGAGGAUCCGAGCCAGGCUGUGCAUGAGUUUGCCAAAGAGUUGGACGCCUCGUGCAUUGCCAUAGACAAAGUGGUCGGAGCAGGUGAGUUUGGUGAGGUGUGCAGUGGCCGCCUGAAGCUGCCCAGUAAGAAGGAGAUCUGUGUCGCGAUCAAGACGCUUAAAGGAGGAUACACUGACAAGCAGAGGCGGGACUUCCUGGCAGAGGCAUCAAUCAUGGGACAGUUUGACCACCCCAACAUCAUCAGGCUGGAGGGGGUGGUGACACGCAGUAAACCGGUGAUGAUUGUCACGGAAUACAUGGAGAACGGAUCCCUGGACAGCUUCUUAAGAAGACAUGAUGCCCAGUUUACAGGAAUCCAGUUGGUCGGGAUGCUGCGUGGCAUCGCCUCGGGUAUGAAGUAUCUCUCUGACAUGGGAUACGUUCACCGGGACCUGGCGGCUCGAAACAUCCUGGUCAACAGCAACCUGGUGUGUAAAGUGUCAGACUUCGGCUUGUCCCGGGUGCUGGAGGACGACGCGGAGGCUGCGUACACGACCAGGGGAGGUAAGAUCCCCAUUCGGUGGACGGCACCAGAGGCCAUUGCCUACAGGAAGUUUACAUCAGCCAGUGAUGCUUGGAGUUACGGCAUUGUGCUCUGGGAGGUGAUGUCAUAUGGGGAGCGGCCAUACUGGGAGAUGUCCAAUCAGGAUGUAAUAAAAGCUGUAGAUGAGGGCUACCGUCUCCCCCCGCCCAUGGACUGUCCAGCAACCCUCUAUCAGCUGAUGUUGGACUGCUGGCAGAAGGAGAGGAAUAACCGGCCCAAGUUUGAACAGAUAGUCAGCAUCCUGGAUAAACUCAUACGCAACCCCGGUAGCCUCAAAAUCACAGCCAACACUACAUCCAGGCCUGCCAAUUUGUUGUUGGACAGGAGCAGUUCAGAGGUUCCUUCCAUGGGGACGAUGGGCGACUGGAUGGAUGGAAUGAGGACUCUGCCCUGCAAGGAGGCCUUCUCUGGGGUCAGCUACAGCUCCUGCGACACCCUGGCCAAAACCUCCACAGAUAGAGUGGUUCUGACGGAGGUCCACGUGACACCUGCCACAUGCCCAGAAUGGGAGCCGUCCAUGGGGAUCACCACUCUCUAAUGUCCAGCUCCUCUACGCCCCCUCAGGCUCUGGAUGGGAUCUGAAAAAGUUUGGAGUGACUAUUGUAGGACCGCAGAAGAAGAUCGUGAGCAGCCUCAAAGCCCUAGAUUCCCACACCAAGGACGGCCCAGUACCUGUUUAAAACAUGAACCCACCCGUGUGUCUGUGUUAAAAGACUUGACACAGUGGCUGCGUAUCCAAACUAGAAAUGGAUGGAUAUGGAGGGAGAAUAUAUGAGUCAGGUGAGGAGGGCUUUCAUUGUUUGGAAGACACUUUUUUUAGUCCUGCUGGAGGACGAGGAGGAAUACAGCGUAGAUCUGACUCUUCAACCCUCCAUCCCUCCAUGCCCAAGAUGAGAUGCCUUACAGACUAAUCGGAGAGAAGGCGGGGCAGAAGACAGCCAAGGGGGGUGGUCAGUGAGACCUGGUCAGGGAUUCAAACUCGGGCUUGGACGCAGGGGAUGGACUGGACUAACAAAGAAGCAGCAGCUCUUAUAUCAGCAUCAGCUUCCCUUGACUGCUAAAAGGGUUCAGGCAACACUGACGGACGGUUUCUUCACACCAGCCUGUGGUGUGAGGCGGUGAAACAGCUAAGAUGCCUUGAGUGGAGGUGCCUGGCAGACAACAGCAACUCACCUGAAGGUGGACUGCUCCCCCCCCCACACACACACACACACACACCCCGUCCUGGACUAAUGAAGGCGUGAGAUUUUCUCGUAACUACCUACAUUACUGUCUCUAUCCACGAGACACACACCGAGACAAUAUCCGAGCCAUUUUACUCUGUAGCUCUAACCUAUAGCAUUUGCAUUGAGUUGACAUUUCACAUACAGUAAAAAAAAAAAAAAGCAAUAAUAAUAAUAAUAAUGAUUAUCAGUUAAGUAGUCUGUCACAUUUAUAACGUCGUGAGCGCUGUGCUUUGACGGUGCAGGGGCCGUAACAUAGCCACAUCCAUGUUCCGUGUGCUUAUGAGCAGAGACUGUACACUUUUAUUGCUGUUCCUGCAGUUGAAUGACCUUUGUGAGAAAUCUCAGGAUGCAUACUUUUUGGGUCUAAUUUCAUGAACAAGGAGGAACAGAGCGAAAGAGAGAGAGAGAGAGAGAGAUGAUAUAUAGAAAACAAUGAGAGUGCAGGUUAAGAGAGAAGGUAGCAAGAAAAAAGUUGGAAGCGGCAAAGGAGAAAUUGAUGAGAGGGGGGAAAAAACAACUUAAAUAAGAUGAAGCAGUGCAAUUUCUCUGCUGUUUUGUGGAAGUGUUUCAAAACUAGGAAAGAGUUUGUACUUGAGAUUCCCUCCUCGGGUAAGCAGAUGGACAUCAGCCCCACGAAACAUCAGGUAUAAUCUCCUUAACCAAGACGUUGAUGUGUUCUCAUUCACCGUCUUUCCCGCCGCUUCUCGCUGAGAGUGUAAACAUAAUAUAGUCGAUAUGCUUUUGUCUGAAUCCGUAACUUACUAAAAAAAAAAAAAGCCACUUGGGAUCUGUCUUCAAAGGGAUUUUUGUUCUAGUUUGAAAUGAAUCAGCUGUUAAUUCAUUCAUCUCUGUCGAGCGAAUGCAAAACAUAGAGUGCUGACGUGUAUAAGUUUAGCGACGAAUCGUGCAUGCUGUGGCUGAAUAUCCCUCGCCUCACCCUGGCCUUCCAAGUGUGUUGGAGAACCUAUGUAGCCUUCAGUUGGACCCGGGCCUUUAAAACCAUGUUGAAUCUGUCCCUUACUACAGUACAUUGUUUCUAGUCACGAAAACAUUGCUCUUAAUCCAUAAAUCUCAGUGUGUUGAA